UACACUCUUUAAAUUUAAAGUUUCGGUCUUGGUGUGAUGACUUAAAAUGCACUUCUCUUGAACUCACCUACUCAAAACGUAUCUGUUUACGCACUGCAAUUGUGCACAAUUACACUUGUCUGGCAGUAUUUUUGUUCUAAUAACGGAGGUUUAUGGAUAACGGGUCUUCUAAUGAUCAAUUGCAUGCGGCAGUUGCUUCUCUGAGUACGGAUUUUGAAAUCUGUCGCAAGCUUGGAGAUGGAAGUUUCGGCACAGUACAUCUCGCUGUAGCGAAAACUGGGCAGAUGAAACAUGAACUUAUAGCGAUAAAAACUCUCAAAGUUCAAUGUCAAUUGAGAGCGGAAGAUUUACGAAUGCGAGAGUCCAAUGCGCUUCAACAUAUUUCUAAACAUGAAGGAAUUAUAAAUGUAUUCCGGACAUUCAUUGAUCGCAACAAGAAUGUACACAUUUUGAUGGAGUACAUGGAUUGUAACUUGUACCAACUGAUGAAGUCAAGGGCUGGGCGACAAUUUUCUGUUCCAACUGUGAGAGAAAUGUUGCGGCAAAUUUUGUCCGGAAUAGAGCAUAUUCAUCGAUGUGGUUAUAUGCAUCGUGACAUUAAACCUGAAAAUAUACUCAUCAAAAACAAAGCAUUAAAUCAAGGAGCAAGUUGUCCGUACACACUAAAAAUUGCCGAUUUUGGUUUAGCAAGGCCGCUUCAUUCCUCUGCGCCGUUCACGGAGUAUGUGUCCACGCGUUGGUACCGAGCGCCAGAGCUUUUACUACGAACGCGGCGAUACGAUAGCGCAGUGGAUAUGUAUGCGUUUGGCUGUAUUGCCUACGAACUUGCCAUGCUUCGACCUCUUUUCCCAGGACGCAACGAAUUGGAUCAACUCAAUCGCAUGUGUAAAAUUCUCGGUAAUCCUACUCGACCAAACUGUAACAAAGUGCAUGAGUGGCAGAUGGCGGGGAUGUUGGCUUCUAAAUUGGGAUUUGCUUUUCCGGAUUAUUUACCUUACCCAAUUGAAAACUUAUUACCAGACGAGUGGCAUGGUGCACACUCUAAAAUGAUUACCGAGCUUCUAGCGUGGAAUCCGAACUUGCGUCCUUCUGCGAAGCUUUGUAUCCUACGGUACUUCUCGAACGGUAACGAAAUCAUUGAAAGCACCAUAUCCCCAUCCUCACCCGCGCGGUACACCUCUUUGUCGGAAAGAACACUACGGGAUUCGUUGGAUUCAAAGAAGUCAUCCUCAAGAAAGCAUUCAAAAACAGCUAAUUGGUUCCGUAGAAACCUCCAUGGCCUGACACACGCACUAAAAAAGUCUCUUCAUGAGGGUCGUUCGUAUCAUGAAGGAAAGCACGCUGAAAAACAUCACUUCUUUUCGCACAAGCCUUCUCAUAAUACGUCAAAGACACACUCUCUCUCAACCCCAUUAAAACACAACUUCGGGCAUUCUGGAACCAUUUCGACGAAUACUACUAACACUACUAACACAUCAUUCAAUCAAUCAAAACCUGGGAGUAUUAUUCAGCCUAAGCGACAACCAAUGAAACUGCAGACAAAAGACACACAGAAAUGUCUCGCUGAUUCUCGUAAAUCAGAGGACAUAACCGAUUUGUCAAACACAUAUUGGCACCAAGAUGACUCUCUUCCCAAAUCAAACACAGUUAAACUGAAACCUGAGAAUUGCGUUAAAGUAACGACCGAGAAAACCCCUUUAAACUGUGGAGACAUGAAAUUCCAAUCUACCCCUCAAAGUUUUAAAAGCAUGAAAGGUUUAACGACACUAAAGCUUGAUAACUCUGAUGUUUCAACAAAUGGCAAUUCAGUUGCGAUGACUCCUAAAAGCAUGAUACCCAGAUUAGUGAGGAAGUCAUAUUCAGGAAAGUCUAAUUGCAGCUUCGCAAAUUCUGUGUCUAACUCAGCUACCAAGUCCAUUUACUACACCCCCGGCUUUCCUUCAAAUCAAGAAACCCCCAUCCGAAACGCUAGGAUACAGUCAAAUGCUUCAAGAUCCCCCUCCUUUAGGGAUGCAAUUGCUCCUUCCAUCUGAGCACCUUCUUCAAUUCUUUCAAAGGUCCUUCAAAUUUCAUAAGCAUUCUUUAGACAUUAUAAAUAUGACAUACGUAGACAGCUAAAUGUCCUAAUAGGUAGAAUGCAAUAUUUGUUUUCUUUAAAUAUUAAAACUCAACAAGCUUCAUAAUUUAUUACUACCAGCCAUUUCGUUUGU